CCUCGAGAUCGUCACGAUAAAGUCACGCUGGCCUCGCGCUGAGCCUCCCCCGAAGCACCACCUGUACUCGUUGCUCCCUCCUUUACCCCGUUGUCAACUUUUUCGUCGUGCGUUUCGAUGUCCGUGUCCGUGAACAAAAGCAACAUAUACAAGAAGUAUCAGUGUCGUUAUUUUAGCGGUGCCGGCGAGCCCUUGUAUCCGCCCUGUAGGCAGGGUGACAAUUGUCGAUUUGUCCAUCCAAACGACCCCAAUUGGCCAGGGCGCCCAUGUAACAACCCAGUCACGUCAGCCAGAACAAACAGCGCAGGACAGCGAACCUCUUCAGGAGCCAAAUCUGCCGCACCAAGGGCAACUUCGCAUAGUCCAGUUACAUCUCGUUUUGGGCCACCUCUUGUUUCCCAAACGGAUCUCUUUCGUCAGCUGAAACUUGAAUCAGAUAGUGACGAUACAGAAUCUCUUCUGCGUCGUACCCAAUACCCAGGCAAAGUUUGGAACCAUGAUUCUCGGCGUAAAGAUCUUGACCGUGAAAGCUCGCGGGGUCGUGCAGCUCAUAGAAGCAGAGAGAGAUACUGUCCUCGGAAUAGGUCUGCGAGCCCAUUGCGGUCUCGAGUCAAGGAGAAGCUGCCAGUCGGCAAACUCCAAUCAGGUCUCGACAAUUCCGCUGCAACCCCAGACAUUGGCGCGAGUUCAAGCUCCCAAUCUGGUGUUUUCGUCAGAUCUGCAGAGAAAUUCGCAGACCAACCCAUUGUCGGCAGAGCCCGGACAGGCCCUGGAUCCCAGCGAAUGGUAGAGUUGUUUCGCGAUCUUGCCAAGUUUUCCAAUGAUGUCGUGCAAUCAACCGCCGAAUUUGAAAGACAGGAAAAGAAAUUAAAAUCAUACACGGAGAUUUCCGCGACACUUUCCAAAGUGUCCAAUUCAGCGGCAGCUUCAGUUGCGCCUAAUCUUGCAGAAAUCCUUCUUAGCCAUGCUCAAACUCAGAACCACGUCGACGAGGGUUUUGCGGCCAUCGGGAACAUUUGGCAGGAAAUUUUUGGCGUGGUUAUUUCCGAGGUUAACGAAAUCAUUAAUGCAUCCGUUGAGGAUGCAGUCGAUGCUCUGAAAACUCGUAUGGAACGCACGAUGAACGGAAGGGACGGAGAUUCGGGACUAGACAUGGAUACGACGCUCGUAGACGCAAUGUCGUUCCCAGAGGGUCCCCGCGUUCCGAAAAGGGGACGAUUAGCGGAUGAGCCGUGCGCGCACUCGCAGACCGUUAAGCGUCCCAAGCUCGCGGCAUGGAGUCCUGCCUCCAGCUACGCUGAAUCUCUCUCCCACACGACUAUCAGCGUUGGGGACCUCAUUCAUCGAAUGAAAUUGAAAUUAAACGAGCAGACAUCCUCGCUUCAACACCUUGCUAAAGAAAACAGCGAAGUACGUUCACCACUCGAGACUCUAUUUCUACGGUAUUAACAGGUUCACGUGGAUAGUUGAAAAGCAUGCUUCAGAACAAUCCCCGAAACCCGAAUCCGAACCUACUGUCAAGUUCUUCCUCGGCAGCGGUGGCGGAGCCCCCAUUUCCAUCGAAUG